UGAUAAAUGAUAACAACAGAAGAAUAUUCACCGUAAACCGGAAAAAUUAAACAGUACUUGAUAUUUCUGUGUUGGUUUCUUUUGUAACACACUUGCAAGUCAAAGUUAGUAGUUUAUUGCGAUCUGAACAAAAGAAAUGUCCAGCAACCGUUUCACACCCAAGGGUUUUCCCAGGGUACCGUUUCAAAAUGGCAUCGGACGUUACAUGUGCCAACUGAAAAGAGUCACACUAAGGUUUUGCAAGAGCAACGGUUCCAGCCGCGGAAUAAGAGAUUUUAUCGAAACAAAUCUACUAGCUUUCGCCGAAGAACAUCCGGAAACAGCAGUAUACUUGAAACCGCGCCGCCACAAAUCCCCAUCGUUUGUCGCCGAGUAUCUGAACGGCGAACGAGAGGUGGUCAGUUGUCACAAUUUCACAGCCCCACAAAUAACCAAGUGGCUGACGUUGUACUCCACCCGGUCAGGUAUACCAUUGCAAAAACACCUAAAAAUGUGGCAUACGGACUGCCCGUCUAUUCAAGGAGUUUGGAGUCCGUUUACAAACAGAGAUCCAGAAUUCAAUGUUAUGAAAUACCCUUCGGCCGAGCUCUCAAAACCCGUUUAUGAAACAAAAUCCGCAACAGAAGAGUUAUUAGAAAAGAUAAACGAAUUCAAAAUUACCAGUAAUGACGAAGACAAAGAUAACGAGAAAAUCGCCGUUCAAGGAUAGAAUAUUUAUUGUAAAAAAAAAAUAUACUUAUAAAUAUUUUUUAUUUUGUUAGUAUCGUAAAAUAAACAUUUAUUGAUUAAUUAA